GGGGAUUUUGUGGCGGGGGGGUUUGAGUUCCUGUACCAUAUUUCUAUCCUCAGAGCUUCCCAUCCGCGUGCUUCCUUUCUUCAUUUCUUUUUCUUUUCUCCAUUCCCUCACUUCCUCUCCUCUCCUCUCCUCUCCUCUCUCCACUCCUUCUUUGUUUCUUUCCCUACCUUCUCCUUCCUUCUCUAACACACACACACACACACACACACACACACACACACACACAUACACACACACACACACAAUGUCUGCUUCUGCCCUUCUAAGAAGCCGUGUUAGGCGGCCUUCAUACCUCAAGAAGCUCGCUAAGGCAGAGGAUCUCAUCGAAUUCUUCCCUCAUGGCUCUUACAUCGGCUGGUCCGGAUUUACGGGUGUUGGAUACCCCAAGAAAGUUCCAACGGCGCUGGCCGACCAUGUCGAGAAGAAUGGACUCGAAGGAAAGCUGCAGUACACCUUGUUUGUCGGUGCUUCAUCUGGCGCAGAGACGGAGAAUCGCUGGGCUAGACUGAACAUGAUCGAGCGUCGGAGCCCUCACCAGGUCGGCAAGGAGAUUGCCAAGGGCAUCAACUCCGGACAGAUCAAGUUCUUCGAUAAGCAUCUGAGCAUGUUCCCUUCAGAUCUGGUUUAUGGCUGGUACACACUGAACAAGCCUAAGAACAAGCUGGAUGUCGCCGUCAUUGAGGCAUCUGCCAUCACUGAGGAUGGUGGUAUCAUCCCUGGUGCUUCCGUCGGUGCUUCCCCGGAACUGGUUCAGAUGGCCGAUAAGGUUAUCAUUGAAGUGAACACCGCCAGCCCUUCAUUUGAGGGUCUCCACGAUAUCACCAUGUCUGAGCUUCCUCCAAGACGCAAGCCUUACCUCAUCCUUCAGCCCGAGGACCGCAUCGGAACCCCUCACAUUCCUGUUGACCCCGAGAAGGUUGUUGCCAUCGUUGAGUCGGAUUACCCCGACCAGACCCAGCCCAACGCCCCGGAGGAUGCGACUUCACAGGCCAUUGCGACCAACCUGAUUGAGUUCCUGAAGCACGAGGUCAACCAUGGCCGCCUGCCCCAGAACCUGUUGCCGAUCCAGUCGGGUAUUGGAAACAUUGCCAACGCUGUCAUCGGUGGCUUGAGCAAGGGUGGUGCUGAUUUCACCAACCUGAAGGUCUGGACAGAGGUGCUGCAGGAUUCUUUCCUGGACUUGUUCGAUAGCGGCAACUUGGACUUCGCCACGGCGACUUCCAUUCGUUUCUCUCCCGACGGAUUCAAGCGUUUCUACGAUAACUGGGAGCGCUAUGCCGGCAAGCUUCUCCUCCGCUCUCAGCAGGUGUCCAACUCCCCCGAGAUCAUCCGUCGCCUUGGCUGCAUCGGCAUGAACACCCCUGUUGAGGUGGAUAUUUAUGCUCAUGCCAACAGCACCUGUGUCAUGGGUUCCCGCAUGCUGAACGGUCUUGGUGGCUCCGCCGAUUUCCUCCGCAGCUCGAAGUACAGUAUCAUGCACACUCCUAGUACCCGCCCUAGCAAGGUUGAUCCCACCGGUGUCAGCUGUAUUGUGCCUUUCUGCACACACAUUGACCAGACUGAGCACGAUCUUGACGUCGUUGUUACCGAACAGGGUCUUGCCGACGUGCGUGGUCUGUCUCCUCGCGAGCGUGCUCGUGUCAUUAUCGACAAGUGCUCUCACCCCGACUACAAGCCAAUUCUCACGGACUACCUCGACCGGGCCGAGUUCGAGUGCCUGAGGAAGGGUAUGGGCCACGAGCCUCACCUGCUCUUCCAGGCCUUCAAGAUGCACCAGAACCUGGCUGAGAAGGGAACCAUGAAGAUCAACAGCUGGGACUAAACAAGUUGCAUCUCAGUCUAUUUCAGCAAAUAAAACAUUCGAUGGAUAAAGGCAUAGAUGGAUACACUAUGUAUUAAAGAUCUAUUUUUGAUAUGCUUGGGUUGGCGAAGGUUCAUGGGGUCCGGAGUCUCAUGUGUAUGUUCAAUCUCGUUUUUAGGCACAGUAUAUAAUGAAUAUGAUACGCAAUAGCUUAAUGCCUUU